AUGGCUUAUCGUCCUAAAGAUUAUGAAUGUGGCUAUGAUGAAUCGAGAUUUAAGAAUGCUGUUGAUGAAAAUUUUCGCUGUGCAAUUUGUCUUAACGUAGUUAAAGACGCAAGAAUGUGUCAACAUAACGAACACAUCUUUUGUCGUGAAUGUAUUGAAGAACAUCUACGAGUUAAUGGACAAACGUGUCCUCAAUGUCAAGAUAAUUUGACUGUAACCAAACUUCAUCCAGCGCGUUUUGUAAACAACUUGAUUUCAAAGUUUAAGAUAAGCUGCGACUACGCUAAUCGUGGUUGUCCAGAAUUUAGCAACGUUGAAGAUCUUGAACGACAUGUUGAAAAUUGUGGUUUUGCUCCAGUGUUGUGUUCUAAUGAAAGUUGUGACAAGGAAAUAAACAAACGAGACAAGAUUAAACAUGAAACUGAGUUAUGUGAAUACAGAAAGAUUCCUUCUCACGACUUUAAGGAGAUUGGAGACAUGUUUCAACGAAGUUUUGAUUAUGAGGAGCAAGAGAAAAUGCAGCUGACUGAAAUAACUAGAAAAAUGGAGUCACUGACGAACCAAAACUCGAAAUUACAGAAAGAAAUGAUGGAAUCAAAAGGAGAAAUUAGAAACAUUCAACAAAAUCUAUCUACAGUGAUCAGAGAAAUGAUGGAAUCAAGUAAAAAAAUAAAAGACGUUCAACAAAACCUUUCUACAGUGACCAAAGAAAUGAAAGAAAUGAAAGCCAUGAUGUUUCAAAUAUUGGGAAAGAUGACUAAAAAUGAACAUGUCAAAACAUUGCGAUCAUCAAUUGAGGGAAUGGUGAACUCAGGAAAAGAAGAUAUUUUGAUUGCUGGUGGUUACUUGUCUGGUUCCAAAAAGAGUGCUGAAAUAUUUUCUUGGAAGGAAAAGAAAUGGUUUAAGAUUGCAUCAAUGAAAGAUGAUCAUGACUAUGCUUCAUCAUUUAUUUAUAAUGAUAAUUUAUUUGUUGUUGGAGGAUAUGAAUGCAAGUCAAUGGAGACAUUGAAUAUAAAUCAGUUACCUUUGACAUGGAGAAAAUUUCCUGCAGAGCUUCCUUAUAAAUGUUAUGGUCAUCAAACUGUUGUUUAUAAACAACAAAUUCUUCUCAUUGGAGGGUAUAAUGGUGAUAAAUUCACAAAUUCUGAUCUAAUCAGUGAAAUAAAGAUUACUGGUACCAAAUCUCAUGUUUUAAAAGAGUUGUGUCAUAUGCCUGAACCACGACAGCAGCAUGGAGCUGUUGUUGUUGAUGAUAAAGUUCUUAUUUUUGGAGGGCAUAGAAAAGAUUACAAAGCUUCAUCCAGUGUUUUGGAGUUUGAUCCAAGGACUCUUACAUUUAAGGAAAUGCCUCCAUUACCUCAUCCAUUGACAAACAUGGCAGCAGUUCAAUGGAGAAAUCAAGUUGUUGUUCUUGGAGGUUAUGAUGGAAGAAAAUACUUGAACAGUGUUAUCAUGUAUGAAUGCAAUACAGGUAAGAUUACAGUCUUACCAUCCAUGUUGGAAAAGAGAUUAUGGUGUUGUGCAGUUAUAACAGAUGAUACAAUUGUUGUCAUGGGAGGUCAGAAUAAUAAAGGUGAACAUCUUAAAUCAGUGGAGUGUUUCAAAAUGGCAAGUAGUUCUUCAUGGACAUAUCUUCCUUCAAUGAAUGAAUCACGAGAUAAAGCUAUUGCUGAAGUUUUACCUUUUGGGCAAAAUUAUGUAUAA